GACAGCACAGCGCGGGACAGGACACACACACACACACACACACACACACACACACAGGACGGGAGCGCGCACGGGCGCGCGCAGAAGGAGGAGAGCACUCCAGUGCUGAAGUCCCACGCACGGCACUGAGCUCGCCUCGUCUUCCACACGGGACUUACUAUGAGCUGCUCACGCCUCGGUGACCGCUAGCUGCUGCGCCUUCAGAGAGGAACGAGGCAGGAGGAGAAGAUUUUCAGUCAUGGACACUCUAACGUGGAUGGUGUUGUGCGCGGCGGUGGCAGUAGUGUGUGGCUCUACACUAGAAUUUCCUGUGGACGAGGCAUGUGAGUCUGGUCAAUACACCAGCAGCGGCGAUUGCUGCAUACAGUGUCCACCGGGGGAAGGGGUAAUCACCCCGUGUGGAGAUACGCAAACUGAGUGUGGCCAGUGCCUUGACAGUGAGACGUACUCGGACAAUUACAGUCACACAGAAAAGUGUCAUACCUGUACGGAGUGCACUGGGCUCAUGCGCAUGGAAACACCAUGCACCGACUCAAAUGAUGCCGUGUGUGUGUGUGAUUAUGGCUACUACAUGAGCGCAGUGACGGGUGGCUGUGAGCCAUGCACAGUGUGUCCACGUGGUUAUGGGGUCUACAUGCGCUGCGAGCCUGACCACGACACGCUAUGUGAGCCGUGUGAAGAUGAAACCUACUCAGACCAGGAGAGCUCACUGGAUCCCUGCAUGCCCUGCACCAUCUGCAACGACGGCUCAGACGAAUUAGAAACACUGAGGGAGUGCACGUCCACAGCCGACGCCUUGUGUUACGAUCCGCUGGCUCCCACCAUGUCAUCUCCCAGCUCUCCUCCUGAGUUGUCGAAGGAAGAUCUGGGAAGCCCUGGCCCGGAUAAGGAGAGCACCACGGCCAAGCCAAGCUCACCGCGCUUCAUCGGCAGUGGUCUCAAUGAGAACCUCAUCCCCAUCUACUGCUCCACCCUGGCAGCCGUGCUUAUCGGCCUGCUCGCAUAUAUCGUCUUCAAGAGAUGGAACAGCUGCAAACAGAACAAACAGGCGGCCAACAACCGAGCAGCCACAGCCAAUCAGACAUCUCCAUCUCCAGAAGGAGAGAAGCUCCACAGCGACAGUGGCAUCUCUGUAGACAGCCAGAGCCUUCAGGAGCAGCAGCAGCUGCAGACACAGGCUGAGGCUCAUACACAGACCCAAACCCAGCUCCACGUGCCUGAACAGAUCGUGGUGAGGGUGGAUGGAGGGGCUCAGUCAGACUCUCCGCCAUCACAGGCAUGAAGGGAGCAGCCGAAGGAGGUGACACCAUCAAGCAGAUGAAGGAGAAGAAGUUCCAGUGAGAGCAGAGGGGUGGGAAGAGCGAGGAGGAGAGUGGCAUGUUGUUCUGGUGGUCAUUAGCUAACUAUGGCCAUCAGCCAUCUUAUUAAACCCAGUAUGGACAUUUCCCUGAUGCACUGGGUCCUGUGGGCUUGGAGAACUUCAGCAACUCAGAUAUUCUGGGCCACAAUCUUCACAUCUACAGAAAUGCCCUUAUAUUAUCCACAUACUCCAAGGUCAAAACCUUACAGGCUGAAACCCAGUUCAGAUCAUACCAGCAGUUGUCAUCUGUAAUGACACUUUGAUCUAAAUUGGGCUUCAUAAUACCACUGGCAUCUAACAAAACAGCUCAUUUAACACCACCAACCAAAUCUAAAUGGCCUUAUAACAUUCUUCAAUGUAUUAUGAAUGAUGUAUACUCCAAAAUAUAUGUAUGUAAACCAUGCAUUUGUUCCCCUAACAAACUAAUCCAUAAAGUAGUCAACUCAAACCAACUGAAGAUCACCAACCCAAGCAAAGCCACUUCAUGUUUUAAAGACACUCUUAGAGCUCAGAAAGCAGGUCUGUUUUUCAGACUGAUUGCAGCCAUUGCCUCCUGCUCCUGAUGAUCUGAUCCCACCAAACUCUCAGAUGAAUAAGAGAUCUAGAGCUGGACCUAUGACACAUAUAGGCCAUAUACGGACUCCACAAGAAUGCCUCAAUCGCACUAACCUCCUUUGCUUUGUUCUUAAUAUUCUUUAUUCUUACCCCUGCCUAGAAAAUAGGAUUAAAAAGCAUGUCUUUGAGGUGUUGGUCAGAUUCCUUCCUUCAAAGUAGUGUACAGAGAUUUGAAAGGUUGCCCUUUAAGUCCAGGCCUGUUAGUGGUGCUGUUUUCACCCCUAAUGGUGGUUCAUGAAGUGAAGCUCAUUCUGUAUCAGCGAGUGUAGGCGACAUCUUGAAAAGGUGACAUUUACUGACCUUUAUGUUUGUAAUGACUUGCAUCUAUACUUAGCACGCCCUCUCUCUCUCUCUCUCUCUCUCUCUCUCUAAGCAGCUAUCUUUUUCUGAUAUACCCACAUACAAUCUCCGUUUCCUCCACACAUACAUACUGUAAGUGCAUUGUAUUCCCUCUGCUAUUACCUCACUUCCACCCAGGUUUAUGUUACAGUGCUGAGUUGUAUGGUUCUCAUUUCACUGAGAGCAAACUAUAGCGGGUCAGUUGGAUGCAAUUCUGCAAUUCUGCACAGCAGAGGGAGUCGGCUUAAUACAUUACCCUCUCCUUUCAUACACAUACACAUCACCAGUGUAAUUCCCAGACUCAAUAUUCAAUGAUUCAUCUUCAGACUUCUGUUCGCCAUUUACCUCUCUGAGUUUCACCCCAAGGCUGACUAACUCAGCUUUGAGAACCAUGGGUAAAUGAUUCAUGCCGUGGUUGGUGAGUGGCCCACAUGUGGUAAACUGGGGUCCAUUAGAUGCUCUAAUGUGGUUGCGUUCCAUAGCCAGCUCAGCAUCAUUGGACUAUGAGUGGUUAUGACUGGCUGUAAGUGCUGUAUCACUGUCCUGGUGGUAAUGCUGUUAAAAAAUGGGUCUAACCAGCACGCUUAAAGGUUCUUCGGUUUGUCCCUUUUGGGGCCCCCCAAAUGUUCUGUGUAGAGCACUGCAACAGAAGGUUUCUCUGGAGAAACCAUCAGGUAUUAUGUAGAACCCUGUCUACAUAGUGUUUUCCUAUCAGACAAAUUCCAGUUAGACUAACUCUCUAAUUGGUGGAUUGAUUAUAAGUAAAAUCUACUAGCCAAUCACAGCAAAGAAAGUGAGAAUGGCGCAAAUGCAGAACUUUCUUUUAUAGUACCCAUGGGAAAAGCUAACGUUGCAACAGAGUACCUUGCUUCUUCUUCUUCUUCAAGUGUACUGAUGAAUUACUGGUCCAUGUUUUAGAUGUAUAGCGCCACCUUGUGUGUGGAUGUCCCAAACAACUAAUUUAAUUUCAUGUGUAUUUCAACAGUAGCUUAGCAGUCGGUGAGUAAGUGAGUGAAUAAAAAAGUCUACACAUACUUAUCAAAUCACUUCAAGGUGACCUGGGGGUGCACCAAGAAGUUACAGGAAAGAAAGAGUUCAGCAAUCAAGAAUGAGUAGUGUGAAUGUGGGCAAACACUCACAUACCAUCCAACACCACAGCAGAACAACCAAAACCAACCAAUUUCAUCUGCUUCCCCCCCCCAAGGACUACAUCCUUCCUUCAUUAACCUAAUGAGCGGUAGUGGCAUAGAAAUACAUUGAGCACACACGCACACGUAUAGCUUUACUGUGUCUGCUGCAUGGCUUUGUAGUUUACUACACAAUCCAGAAUGGGAGCUUGUAAUCUAGCGCAUCACUCUCAGGUGACUGGGCACAAACUGAGGAAUGGCAGCGGGAUUCAAACUGCAAUAAAUAACCACUAUAGUAUUGAUCAAACUUUGUUUAACGAGCACAGUAUUGACACUUUUUUCUAUUUUACUCAGGCUUAUCUAAUGUAAAUAGCUGACAUUAAAGGUAUUGCAUACUGAAACGACUGUACAUUUACUUAUUUCUGUAGCAUUGGGCUUGGAGCAGCUGAAAGAUGCCCUCAUGGUUGGAUAUUAGUUUGACAGAACCUGGCAUGUACCAUUGCCUUAUUGCUUUGCUCCUUUGUUUCGCUUCACUUGGCUAAUACGAGCUUCAGCUUGGCGUGAUAAGCUGAAGUCAGUAUUCUCCUCCUUCUGGCAGAGCAAUAGAGAGUCUGUUCUUGCGCAUUAUAGUUCAGAGCCGUCCUCCUCACUCAGCUGGGUGCUUUCCAUUAAAUCAUUCUAUGGAGCGUAUCAUUGGCCUCUGCAGCUAGCCGCUGUGUUGGAGUUUAAUGCAUUUUAUGGCUCCAUCGCCUCACUCAUUGAGCUCUACUCCACCAUUUUGCUGAAAGCACUUACAGGUGAAAAAGAAAGACAAGUCGCUUUAUUGUUUUUUUUUUCUCUUGAUUGCUUUCUCUGCAAACACAUAAGGCAACAGAAGACAGCUGUCAUCUUUGCAUGAACAGAGAAAUGAAAGAGAAGCUCUCAGUUUUGCAGGACAUGAUGUUCCUUCAGUUUAGUCUCCAGAGUACUGAUAUUUUCAUACCAUUAAAAAGGAAUACAAGUGAUUGAGUGGAUAAUAAAGUGUUCCUAGUAUCACAGUACAGUGAACAGAAGCUAACAUGGAUUUUCUUCUAUGAACUGCUCCGACAGCACAAUGAAGCACUUCUAUAUUCAGCAUCUCUGUGUCAAGUCUUCACUCAAUAACCAGCUUUUACUUCCAUUUAUCACCCAAGGACGAGUAUAGAAUGUACACAAGCCUAGUGAUUAAUAGUCAUAUGCAAAAUGUGUUGCGCUAGCUAACUUUGUCCUCUUGUGUUCAGUUCUAUUUUUAUCCAGUCCUAUUCUUUUAUAGAAAACAUGGUUUCGUUUCUUGAUAGAAUUACCUUUUCAGAGCAGAAUUUUAUAAAGACAGUUUACUUUUGUAGCACUUAAACUGAUUGAAUUAGUACACUCAAAGAGUAUCCAGCACCACAAAGUGCCUGUGGACUACGUCAGGUGUCUUUGAGCUACAUUCAUAAAGUUCAAUUUUGCAUCGCUUUGCUCUAUUUUUUCUUUAUGUCUGAUCUGUAUAAAAUGUAAGUUGUAUGUAUGCUUUCUACAUUGUAUUGGGUCUUUAGUCUAGAGAAGAUGGUCAUGAUGGUUACAGGACAUUACAUCAUAAUCCAAAUAAAUUUACAUCCAGGUUAAAGUUUAACAGAAGUGGGCUUGAACAUUCACAAGCUACAUAUGCUAUAUAUUCUUAGUAUCAUGAAGUAAGAUGCAGAAACUAUCAUCUACUGUCACUUUCUUGUGUUAUUAUUAUACCAUUCUAUGCAUUUACAGGAUAAUACAACAAAAAUCUAGUCUUGACUGCAUAUCAAAUCAGUGACAAGUGACAAAACUUGAUGAGAGUUUGUGUUUGGCAAGCCAAAACUAUGGACACAUCCAUUAAAACCCGGCUUUAGAUGGACACAGAGACACUCUUAAGAGGCCAUAUGCUUAGAUGAAGAUGUCAACGGUGAUUCUCAAGGGAGAAUUCACUCUAUCAGUCCCUGCUCCCCUAAUGGGGAUGAAUGUUAAUUGUACUUAGCCCAUAUUCCCCAAUGCAUUGUGUAAAUGUGACAAAUUUCAUAUAGUUGUUAUGACAGUACACUUAUGUAAAUGACAAAUGAAACAAAUUAGUUAUCUAAUAGAAUAAAACCAAAUAUGAUUGCUUCUGUCUUAUCUGAUUCUUCUUCUUCUUCUUUUUUUUUUAACUCACUAAUGAAACUGUAAAAAAAAUGGUCAUGCAUUUAGGCUGAAUAAUAAGCUUUGCUACAUGUUAGAUCACCAGUUAGACAAUAAUGUUUACUGAUUACUUAAAUGAAAUAAAGGCAAACAAUCCACUGUUGAUGUAGAAUACAUAUGCCAUCAUCUUUUCCUAUGUACACAUGUACAGUGAAAACCUCAUAUAUUAUAACAGCAAUUCAUUCAAACUUCUUGUUCUCAAAGUGCUGAUAUAUACUUACAAUAUUUAGAGAAAUGAGAAAAGGAAACAUUCAGGCCAUUUACAGCCUAUGGGUGAACUGUUCCUUUGAUUGAGCAUAUUAGCAUGUCCCUAAGAGGUUCUACAUAGAUCUCUGCAGCAGAGGAUUCCUUAUCAAAGACAGUUCUAAGUAGAACUAUCAUUGGACCAUUAACUGUCCAAACCUUCAAGCAGAAACAAGAAUGCUUAUCUACCCUCAUUUGUAUAUAAAACUAAGAACCCUUAGCUAUCCAAUGAUCCAAGCAGAAGCUAAGAAUCCUUAACUAACCAAAGUUUCUGAUAGAAACUAAGAACCAUUAGCUACCCAAUGUUUCA